AGAAUGAGCAGGCGAGGACUGCGGACCUGUCUCCAUUGGGUUUCCAAGAGGUGAGCCGCGGCAGAUCCCCAGCCGACGUUGUCAAGAUGUCGUAUUUUGGUGACCACUUCUGGGGAGAGAAGAACCAUGGUUUCGACAUUCUAUAUCACAACAUGAAGCAUGGACAGAUCUCCGCCAAGGAGCUGGCCGACUUUGUGCGAGAGAGGGUGACUGUGGAAGAGGCCUAUGCCAAAUCCAUGGUCAAGAUGUCCAAGAUGGCUGGAAACAGCACCCAGGUGGGGACUUUCGCCCCCCUGUGGGAGGUCUUCCGCAUCUCCUCUGACAAGCUGGCCCUGUGCCACGCGGAGCUUGUGAAGAAGCUGCAGGAUUUGAUCAAGGAAAUCGGGCGCUACGGAGAUGAGCAGAUACGGGUACACAAGAAGUCCAAGGAUGAAGUAGCAGGAACCCUGGAAGCCGUCCAAGUCCUACAGGGAGCUGCUCAGCAUCUCCCGAAGGCCAAGGAGAACUACCACAGCCGAUGCCAGGAUCUGGAACGUCUGCGUAGGGAAGGGGCGAGCCAGAAAGAGAUCGACAAGGCCGAAUUGAAGUCCCGUAAAGCGGUCGAAGCCCUCCGGCGUGCCGUGGAGAAGUACAACCUGGCCCGCGAUGAUUUUGAGCAGAAGAUGCUGGACUCCGCUAUGCGCUUCCAAGAAGUGGAAGAUUCGCACUUGUGCCAUAUGAAGGCCCUGAUCGGCUCCUACGUGCACUCCGUGGAGGACACCCACGUCCAGAUCGGACAGGUCCAUGAGGAAUUCAAUCAGAACAUGGAGAACAUCGGGGUGGAGACGUUGCUACGAAACUUUGCAGAGAGCAAAGGAACCGGCCGUCAUCCACCAGGGCCGCUGGAUUUUGAGGAGCUAAGCGUGACCCCAGCACAGGAAGGACCAAAGCGAACCCGCAGCAAAGCCUUCCGCAUCCCCGGCUUGGGCCGCAAAGACCGCGAACGGGAUUCUGUGUGAGUAAGGCCUUUCGCCUUCUCUUUGCUGUCCCCCCCCCCCGAUAGCUGUGCUCCAGAAGUGGACGAAGAAGGGUUUACAGUCCGUCCUGAUAUGAACCAGAACUCACGCGAGCACGGAAACCACUUCUGCUCGUCCAGCGAUUCGGAUUAUGAUGAUGAUGAGCCGCACAAGUUCUACAUCCGCAUCAAGCCCGUGCAGCCGCGCGAGAGAACCAACAGCGCGGCAGCCUCGGCCGCGGUGGAACAGCUCAAGGCCUCUGUUGGCAACCUCAUCCUGCCGCCUAGCGUGGGGUGCACCAUGAAAAGGCAUUCAUCUAGGCACUUGAAAACUCUCACCUCUGCAGCUGCGGAAACGGAUUCUGGCACUGCCCCAGCUCCAGGUGACAAACUGGGAAAAUCACAGACCCCCCGCCUUGCCAUCCAGGCAAACAGUUGUGAUGACCAGGUUCCUGAGCCCGACGCCCUGCCCAUCAGUGCUUUGUUUGGACCUCCGCUGGAAUCUGCUUUUGAAAAUGAAGAUUUCUCAGCCACCCGAUCAUACCUCCUGGCUUCCAGCCCAUCCCCCUUUUCCUCCUCGUCUCCCGAGAACGUGGAAGACUCCGGGUUGGACUCUCCGUCGCACCCGGCCACCGGGCCCUCCCCCGAUUCCCGCCUGUGGAGCCCGCGGCCCUGCACCCCCCAGAGCCCCCUCGGCAAGCGGUCUUUGAAGAGCUCCUUGAGUCUUCGUGGCAAUCGCAGGGGCCUGCUGGUGGAGGACGGGCCCAACCCCUGGCUGCCCCAGCCCGCAUCCCAGGAUCUCCCCUGCUUCGCGUCGGAGCCCGACUGGGCGGAUUCGGUCUCUGCCUGGCCUGCGGCGACUCACACGAAUUCCACCUGCCGCCCGCAAGCGUCCUCUCCUGACCUGUUCUCCUUGGAGGGCGCCGUCGGCAACCGGCGGGCCUGGGGGGUCAGGCCUCGCAGCCCGGCCUCGGACUGCCCCCCGCGGGUCUGCGAGCGCGACAGCUGCCUGUCGUCCAAUUCGGCGUCCUCUUCCUCCUCCUCCCCGGCGCCCCCCAGCAGCGGCGACUCCACCAGCCCCUCCCCGUGGGCCCCGCGGUGUCGAGACUCGGAGAGCGGGACACCGGGUAUCCCCGAGGUGUCGUCUGAACCCAUGUCUCUUCCUUCAUCAGCUGUGCCUAGUUUGGCCACAGUGGUGGCCCCACCCCGGCGAUGCCGAGCAAAAAGGCCUUCGGCGGUGUCGGCCGUGUGUGUCGGUAGCGACACGCCUCGGUCCUUGAGCCCCUCCCCCCUCUGGGCCUUGUCAGCCCCCCCGAGCUCCGGCAGCCUGACGGAACGAGCCUUCUUCAUGGCCACCCAGCCGGGACUUGGCAUCUCCCGGGGCCCCUCUCCCGUGGUCCUGGGCUCUCAGGAUGCAUUGCCCGUGGCAACGGCCUUCACAGAAUAUAUCCAUGCUUACUUCAAAGGUCAAAACCCGGACAGCUGUCUUGUCAAGGUCACCGGUGAACUCACAAUGUCCUUUCCGGCGGGGAUCGUCCGGGUCUUUACCGGUGCCUCAGCGCCCCCCGUCCUGAGUUUCCGUAUCCUCCACACUGCCUCCAUUGAACAGUUCCUGCCCAACGCCGAUCUCCUCUUUAGUGACCCAUCCCAAAGCGACCCCAGCAGCAAGGACUUCUGGCUCAACAUGGGGGCCCUCACUGCCCACCUCCAGAAGCAGGCGGAGCAAGGGGCAGCUGCCCCCUACUUCAACGUGCCCCUGCUCAGAUACCAGUAUUCCAAGCAGGGCUUGGCGUGGGCCCCCCUGCAGCUGACCGUGAACUGGGAGUGUGCCUCGGAUGCCACCAGGGUGUGCGUGGACUACAACUACAACGCCUCCGCCCUCGCCUCGGCAGUGGCGCUCACCAACGUUCAAGUCCUGCUGCCCAUCGAAGAGCCGGUCGCCAAUGUCCGGCUGCAGCCGAUGGCCUGUUGGAACCUGGAAGAGAAGCGCUUGCUUUGGCGGCUGCUGGAUGUUCCUCGUGCCCAGGGCCUUGGAGGUUGCGGCCGCCUUUUAGCCAGCUGGGAGCCUUUGAACGGCCCCACCAAGCCGAGGCCGGUGGCAGCUCAGUUUACCAGCGAGGGCAGCACGGUGUCAGGCGCGGACGUGGAGCUGGUCGGCAGCGGCUACCGGAUGUCACUCGUCAAGAAGAGGUUUGCCACAGGAAUUUACCUCGCCGGCUCCUGAGCAUCCUGUCUGCCCGUAGCCGCUUUUAAA